CACCAGUCAGCUUUGCACGCUAAACAACGAUCAUUGUCAUCGGUACCGAUUGUUACAAGUUGUGUGCAGUGUCGUGCUAUUUGUGUGUACGUUCCUUCUAAGAUGUCGUCAACAAAGUGGUUGGUGUGUGCGCUCGUGGUGGUGUGCGUGAGCGUCAGGCAAGCAUCGUCUGCGCCGGCGCCGCAGGAACAAGAAUACCCGCCUAUGCCCUACGAGUACAAAUACGACGUUGAAGAUCAAGAGAAAGCUCUCUACUUCGGAGCCAACGAAGCAGGAGAUGCGCAGGGCAAAGUCAUCGGAGGAUACCGAGUUCUCCUCCCCGACGGUCGCCUCAUGACCGUUGAGUACAGCGUGGAGGGAGAAAGCGGUUUCGUUCCCAAAAUCACCUUCGAAGACAACGCCAACCCCUUCGGCAAAGGAAAGUAGACCCUAUUACGACGCCCACAAAGACUGGUACCGCGAUCAAUUGAUACUAGUUCAAAUAUAACAUUGAUUUCUGAAUUCUAUGCCGUAUAACAAUUUUAUUAAUUAUUUCGAUAAAUAGACAUCUUUACCUUACACUAUCUCCUUGAUGAUAGGAUUCAGAAGUCGAAACCGAAGAAAGUUACUGCAGUUUUCAUUUUAUUAUAAAUGUGUGUAAAUUAUUAUAUCAGGGAUCCUUAGAUGACAUCAGUAGUGAUAUACACGUAAUUUAUGAAAUGAGAAUUAGGUAUCGAGGCACUGGCUUGAUUAAAGUUAGAAAAUAUUCGUUUACUGAAAGCACUAGUAAUUUUUUUCAUGAUUAUAAUUUUCCAUACAUACACCGUAUACGUAUAAUAAUUUUAAUUUUCUCAUUACUCUUAUAAUUAAUCUAGGUGUAGGCAAAACUCAUUCGCCAAUAUUUUAAGGUAAUAAUGUACAGUCACCGAUUUCUAAGAUAAAUCGUACAGCAAAUAUCGAGUUACCGAUACUGUGAUCAAUUAGAACGAUUCUAAUAUAGGCCAUGUUCGACAUAAAAUUGUAACUUAGAUUGUAAUUUUGUAUGUGUAUCGAUUAGAAUUAUAAUUGCAUGUAGAUUUUAUACGAAUUUUUUUAUAAAUAUUUUUUGUAUUGAAAACCGU